GUCGUUUUUCAAAACGCAGGUGACGCGCUACUCCUUCAGAUGCUCUGAAAUCAACUUCCGACAAAAACGUGCAGGACACGACUGUCUCCAUUGGCAACGAGGAGAACAAACUUUGAGUUGAUGGCAACAUUGAGAAGAACAACAUGGGAGAUGCGGACUUCAGCAAAUACGAUUCAGCCCGUUUACAGGACGAAUUGGCGCAGGAGAGAGAGAUGAAAGAGAUGCUGCAGGAGUCUGUGUGUGAUCUGAGGAGCACCAUGACAGAGUUGGAGGAGAGCCUAAACAGUGUGAACCUUGAGGGUAACGAGUGGAAGACCCGAUACGACACGCAGUUGGAGCUGAACGGGCAGCUGGAACGUCAGAUCACACUUGUUCACGAAAAAAUGGAGGACCUGCAGAGAAACCCCAUGGAUCGAUUAGCCUCAAUACGAUCCUAUUAUGAGGUUCCAGUGGAUGCACUGAGGCAGAGGCUGAAGGUCCUGACCAAUGAGAAGGCAGCGCUGCAGGGUCAGCUGUUAGACUGCAGACUGAGGAUUGAACAGGAGGGGAAGGCCUUUUAUAAAGCCAACGCUGUGAGGCGUGUGUACCUGUCAGAAAUAGCUAAGUUGUCAUCAACCCUGGAUGUCACCAGGCGGCAAUACCAGGUCCAGCCACAGAGGGAGAGGGCGCCAGAGAGCCAGCAGUACCCCGUCCAGCCACACAGGGCACCAGAGAGCCAUAUGAGGAAAGGGAAGCAGACCAGUAAGCAGUCAGGAAGAGAGGAAGGGAGAGGAGGAGGAAGAGAGGGAGGAAGAGGAGGAGGAAGAGAGGGAGGAAGUGAUGGAGGAAGAGACGGAGAAAGAGACGGAGGAAGAGGAGGAGAAAGAGAGGAAAGAAGAGAAGGAGGAAGAGGAGUCAGGAAGGCUGAGAAUCACCCACCAACCAAGGACCAAGCAGCAUGGUAUCGAGCAGCAGCGUUAUCUGGACUCAUGGACAUGGGAGGAGAUUUUGGAUGGUAAGGGAACCUGGGCACAGGCUGGGGAAUAUCGCCGCCCCAAGGAAGAACUGGAGGCAGCUCAAGCUGAGCGGCGGCGAUAUGAGGAGUUAGCCCGGCAGCACAACAGGCACGAGAGGCACACGGG